CCUUAAGAAUAUUCCUUAUUCUCGCUGGCUGUCUGUCUCUUGUACGAGAAUCCAAACAUUGGGUGCCUCUGGCUCAUCUUCUCCGUUCUCUUUCUUUCAACUUUCUGUAACACAGAAAUAGAAGCAGAAAAAGGAAAAAAGAAAAGAAAGAAAAGAAAGAACCAAAAGAAACGCAGAUGGCAUUAGCAGGCAACAGUAUAAUCCUACAUAACAGAGCCCCUCUUCCCACAAGUUUGACACCCUCAAAUUUUAGAUGUAAACCCAUAAAUUUCUACUCAAAGCCACAAUCUCUCGCCCACUACAACAUUCGAAUUAGUCCAUUAUCUUGUUUCGCAAAGUCCACUUUCAUAUCAGAUGAUGUUGAGGUGCAAAGUAUCAAUCCCACCGCCACACCCACUACUACAUGGUCGGAAUUUGCUAGUAAUGUGUCUGGUGAAUGGGAUGGGUUUGGAGCAGAGUUCACUUCUGAAGGAAACCCAGUUGAACUUCCUGAAUCUGUUGUGCCUGAAGCUUUUAGAGAGUGGGAAGUUAAGGUUUUUGAUUGGCAGACUCAAUGUCCCACUCUUGCUCAAUCACAAGAGUUUGCUAUUACUUACAAAACUAUCAAAUUACUUCCCACUGUAGGAUGUGAAGCUGAUGCUGCAACCAGGUAUAGCAUUGAUGAAAGAAAUAUUGGAGGUAUAGAUAAUAAAGUUUCCGCCUUUGCAUAUCAAUCUAGUGGGUGUUAUGUGGCCGUCUGGCCAAUUCAGGAUAAUGGUAUGGAUAAGCAAUUUGAGUUGGAGUAUUGCUUGAUACAUCCUCAAGAUAAGGAAUCCCGUGUGAGAGUAAUUCAGGUUGUUCAUGUAGUUAAUUCAAAGAUGACACUAAAGAAUAUCAGGGUUUUCUGUGAGCAGUGGUAUGGACAAUUUAGAAAUGGUGACCAGCUUGGUGGAUGUGCAAUUCGGGAUUCUGCAUUUGCUUCUACCGCUGCUUUGCAAUCUUAUGAAGUUGUAGGAGUUUGGCAGGGCCCUACUGCUGUUGCGAGUUUUAAUGCUUCUCAAACGUGUUUCCUGAAAGAAUUAAAAGGUGACACCAUGCAGAAGUCAGUAAGAGAUGAGCAUGAUCUUAUAUUGCUUCCAAAGCAAUUAUGGUGUUCACUUAAAGGAGGGAAAGAUGGUGAGACUAUCUCUAAGGUGGGGUGGGUGUCUGAACAUGGAUUUGCUACAACAUCAACAUGCAUUUUCUCUAGUGAUGCAAAGUUGAAGGUAUGUUGCUACUGUUAGGAAGUUUCUAUAGCAAGAGAAACUGCAACAUUGCAGGGUGAUUAGUGGUAACCACAACUUCAGUAACUUGCAAAAUUUGGCAUGCAUGUAGAUUAAUGUUCAAGCUGUAGUAUAAAAAUUCUUAAUGUCUUGCAUUAUUUUGAAGUGUAAUAGGAUCAAUAUGUAUUUAUUUUUCACUAAUAGGAGAGCAUAUAGCAUAAAACACUUCAUUAACUUUUUGUUUUAUUUCAGUCAGAAUUGCAAUAUAUAUCUACAAAUCUAUGAUAAAAUAGGUGGGAUAUGGUUGCAAAUAUCCCACCUAUAUUAUCAUAGAUGUAUACAUAUGUAUUGCAAUUCUGAUUGAAAGUGAUAUAUAAUGUUGUAAAAUAUUGAUUAUUUAUAAAAGUUUUUAUUAUUUUUAUAACGCA